CAGAGACAGAGACAGAGACAGAGACAGAGACAGAGACAGAGACAGAGACAGAGACAGAGACAGAGGAGUCUCCUGUUCCCAGAGGAAAUAGCAAGGACCCCAGACAGGGGAGAAAGAUGAGUGGGGAAGAAGGCCCUGCCCUCCCCAGUGCCCGGCCCUGGCUGUGCAGCAGAGCUCGCCAUUCCAGCUGGGGAGGUGAGGAUUCCCCUGCGAGCUGAGCAGGAAGAGCCCCUUGCCGUGAGUCAGGCCCCAGAGGCACGGAAUGCUCCCAGUGCCAAUGGCUCAGGGAGCCACGGCGGCUGCUGCUGGACCAGCGAGAAACCCAGAAGGAGCAUUGCAGGCACUGCAAGGACAGCUCACGGCUCUGCCUGCUCCCGCCGCUGCUGCUUCCUCUGCUCCCCCAGAGAGGCGUUUCCAGCAGCUCGGCUAUCUCGGGGCUGCGCCGUGCUCCCUCACUCUUCCUCACUCAGCAAACACGCAGCUUGCUCUCGCCAUGCACCUCGCCUCUCUCAUCCUCACCCUCUUCCUGGGACAGCUCCUGGGCACCACGGGGCAGAUCACGGUCACCCAGGACGAUGGACAAGUCCUCGUGAAGCAGGGACACCCCUUCCAGACCACCUGCAAAUACCAGACCAGCGUUUUGAAUGGAUUGUUCUGGUACGAGCUGCGGCAAGGCCAAGCCCCACAGCUGCUCUCCUAUCAAGCAGGCUCUGGCCCCAAGCACAGCGGCCGGAUCACCACGCACCUGAACACCACGGGGAAAUACAGUGUCCUGAAGGUGGAGGAAGUGCAGCUCUCUGACACUGCCUUGUACCUCUGUGCUGUGACAGACACCCCGGUGCAGGGAGCGUCCCCGGCUGUGCAACAACCCAGGGGAGGGACGGAGGGGAGGUGUCUGUGCAGGGCUGAGGCUGGGCAAGGGACGCUGCGCUCAACCCAGGGCUCACCUGAUGUUGCAUCCCCACGGCUGUAAAAUGCUCUGAUGAUUUUGCACCACGUGCAUUGUAAGAUAUUUUCGGGAAAGUAUUUCUGAUUAUUUUGACUUAUCUCUCUAUUGUGCAGUCUCAAAUAAA